UAUGCGCCAGCUAGCCGCAGCUUGACAGCCUUGUAUGACUGACAGCUCUCGUACCACCGUCGCAGUUGCAGUAAACUCAUCGGGUCCUCCUGCAUUGUCAAAAGACUGACACAAAAUGCUGUCCUACAUCAUUGGUUUGAUCCGAGGCGGCGUCGACAGCAUCAUCAACUUGAUCUUCAGACUUCUCUUCUCCAAGAAGAGGCCGGCUCUCACCUUAGAGGACCCCCUUAUAAAGUAUGCACUGCGGCUGUUGGACAAACAGAUUGUCAGCCAUGACACAAGGAAGUUCCGCUUCGCGCUGCCUUCCCCUGAACACAUCCUUGGUCUCCCCAUCGGGCAGCAUAUCUAUUUGUCUGCGAGAAUAGACGGGAAGCUGGUCGUCCGUCCGUACACGCCGGUGUCCAGUGAUGAUGACAAAGGCUAUGUGGAUUUAGUGGUGAAGAUUUACUUUAAAGAUGUCAAUCCUAAAUUCCCAGAAGGAGGGAAGAUGAGUCAGUACCUGGAGAGCCUCAGGAUCAACGACACUAUUGAUUUCAGAGGACCCAGUGGUCUGCUUGUUUACAAAGGCAAAGGUGUCUGUGCCAUUCAACAAGAUAAGAAGUCCCCGGCUGACACCAAGACGGCUAAACAUGUUGGCAUGAUUGCUGGAGGGACAGGGAUCACUCCCAUGUUGCAGCUCAUCACCGCCGUGAUGAAGGAUCCACAGGACCAGACGGUGUGUUACCUGCUGUUUGCAAACCAGACUGAGAAGGACAUCUUGUUGCGACCGGAGUUGGAAGAGAUCCAGGUCAACAACCCGGACCGGUUCAAGCUGUGGUUCACGCUGGACAGAGCACCUGAAGACUGGGAGUACAGCCAAGGCUUCAUCGGUGAAGACAUGGUGAGGGAACACCUGCCACCUCCGGGUGACGACAGUCUCAUCCUGAUGUGUGGACCUCCGCCUAUGAUCCAGUUCGCCUGCAACCCCAAUCUGGACAAAGUCGGCCACUCCAGCGAGCGCAGGUUCACCUUCUAGACGGUUUUGGGGCGCACGAGGGCGCUCUGUUAUAUUCACGACCCUGAAAGCAUUAAAGCACUUACAGUUGCAAGUGGGUAUUGCACUUUGUAUACAAUAUUUAUGCUACGAUAUAUAUAUUAAUCAUGCAACAGCACCACAGCGCGGACCAAUUGAGGUAAUCUGUAAGUGUCACUGAAGGGGAGGUGUUCGGGGCGUAAAGACGGGUAUGGGAACGAGGAUGAGUACAAAUCUGUUUGCAACAAUGUCAGAGUUGAGGUUUGUUGGCUGUUUUCUGUGCCUUAACACUUGCAACGCUCUUUUUAUGCAUUGCAAUCACUUGCUUCAUAUAUAUAUAUAUAUAUAUAUAUAUAUAUAUAU